GUUGGUGAUCUUCUACUCACCUUUUACUAACCUCAAUGUUUUUGUUUAAUUUAGGAGUGUUAAAAUCAAUUGGAGAAAAUGUUAUCGAAAAGAUUUUUGCUCUUAAAAGGUUAUAAUCAAUUGAAACAUAGCCUCAGAACACAGACUCAGAAUAUUCAUGGUGAAAAAUGGGAUUUAUUUGCAGCAGUAUGUUUAGAAAGAAAACCAGUUGUAUCUGCCGAAUUAAAUGACUUGGAGAAAGAAUAUAAACAAUUAAUGAGUGAUAUGCACUUUGAAAAUAGUUUGAAAUCAAAUUUUGAAUUGAGACACGAAGCUGAAGUCAAAAAUCUUACCAUAUUAAAGCAGGGGGGAGAAAUAGACGAUAAAGAAAUAACUUUAAAACAAACAGCUCAAGAUUUGGAAGAUUUAUGGUCUACUGAAGCCAAAGAAUUUAAAGCCGAAGACAGAGUAACAGAUGCAGAUAGGAAUAACGAUUUAAAAUCUCUCGAUCGAAAACUUGAUAAACACUUGGUUUUUGUACUUAACCAAAAAGUUGGGGAUAAAAAACUAUAUUUACUUCCACAGGGAAUUAGAAAAGAUGGUGAAACACUAAGACAGAGUGCAGAAAGGAUUUUAAAAGAUAGCUUAGGUACUGAACUAAAGGCUCAAAUAUAUGGAAAUGCACCAUGUGGAUUCUACAAAUAUAGGUACCCCUCUCAGGUUAAAAACGAAAAAAAUUCAAUUGGGGCAAAGGUAUUCAUAUAUUUUGCGAGGUACCUUAAAGGUCAACCACCCCAGAAAAAUUUGGAUUAUAAAUGGCUAGAUAGGAAUGAAUUACAGAAAGCAUUUCAUCCUAAAUAUAACUCCAGCAUUAAACAGUUUUUGAUAGAUGAAUGAAGCUAAUAAAAUAAAUAUUUAACUUAUAAUGAUUAAUAAAUAUAUAGUUGUUACAAA